CCACCGAACUGGAACCGCAUCCGCACUGGAUAUUAGGCAGAUAAUUGCGGAUAGGACAUGGAUCGGUAUAGGGGUGUGCAGAGUCAAUAAUAGGCCCACAUUCUUGCACCACAUUCCAUUAGAGCACGUAUUUGGUGGCGCGAAUGUGACUAUGUGGGCGAACAAUAAGGGCAUUCAACCAGUACUCACUUCACCUCACCCCCUCGCCAACUUACCCAACGCUGCCAACAAAGCAACCUGAACAUGUCUUCAUCAGCCUCACAAAUUCUUCUUACCUCAUCUGAAGGCACAGAAUUCCUGAUUGAUCGCGACAUUGCGGACAAGAGCAUGCUCUUGAAGUGCAUGCUUGAAGACAUUGGAGAAAUCGGACAAGCGAUCCCAUUGCCAAAUGUAUCAGGACCGAUCCUCACAAAGGUGAUCGAAUAUUGCACGCAUCACCGCAACAACCCCAACUUUCAGAGUGCAAAUGAUGAUGCGACAGCGGACAUUGGCGAAUGGGACCUGGAAUACUGCAAAGUUGACCAAGGAACGCUUUACGAGCUGAUUUUGGCGGCGAACUACCUGGAUAUCAAACCGCUGCUGGAUUUGACAUGCAAAACAGUUGCCAACAUGAUCAAAGCCAAGUCGCCAGAAGAAAUCAGGAAGACCUUUAACAUUACAAACGACUUUACGCCCGAAGAGGAGGAUCAGGUGCGCCGUGAAAAUAAUUGGGUCGACGAGAUAUAGGAUCUUUAAAUAAAGCAUGUCUGGCUAAAAGUGAACCGGCCCUUUCGA